AGUCCAAAAACGUACACUUCCACGAUCCAAGCCUCCCAUACUCUCUCUCUCUCUCUCCCACUUCCAAAGGCUAUGGUGUCCGCCGCUUUAUCUCUCUCCGCUCUCCGCCCUCUCUCCGCCGGCACUCGCCCCAAACCCAAAAACCCUAGAAAACCCUCCGCCCCUAAUAAGUCGAAAUCGAGCGCCAAUCUCAAAUCCCGGCCUGGCUCCGGCAGCCCCUUCCUCCCGCCAGCGUAUCGCUCCGGCGGCGGCGAGGCCACCACCUACAUCCGCCUCCCUCCCAAGGACGACUUCUCCCUCGAUCCCUCGCUUGUGCUCUCGCCUGGAACUCACGGCGAGAUCAAGCUCUACGAGUCCUCCGUUCCAGCGUUAGACUCCGCAAAUAAGAACCCUUUAAUCGAUCCCAGCGGCGGAGGCAUAAAAAGGAAGCAGAAAGGUUGGAGCUAUAUUGAAGAUAUGGAUGAAGAAGAUGAAGAAUUCUCGGAUUUUGAUUCGGAAGACGAUGAGAUCGUUCUAGACUCGGGCUUUGGUGAUGGCGAUGAGGGAAAGGCCUCAUCUUUAGGAUUUGAGGCGGAGUCGGAUGGGGAAUUGGAGGGUUAUUUUGAUGGAGACGAGGAAGUUAAGGAGGGGGGGGUGAAGGAGAAGGGGGUUCCGGCUGUGAUGAGGUGCUUUGAUAGGGCGAAGAUAUAUGUGAAGGCUGGGGAUGGAGGCAAUGGGGUUGUGGCGUUCCGGCGAGAGAAAUACGUGCCCUACGGCGGUCCAUCUGGUGGAGAUGGAGGGAGGGGAGGAGAUGUCUAUGUGGAGGUUGAUGGUUCGAUGAAUUCUUUGCUCCCGUUUCGGAAGACUCUGCACUUUAGGGCAGGGAGAGGUGGGCAUGGGCAGGGGAGGAAGCAGGCCGGAGCAAAGGGCGAGGAUGUGGUGGUGAAGGUGGCUCCUGGGACUGUGAUAAGAGAGGCAUGGAAAGGAGGGGUGGAGGGGGAACUGUUGCUGGAGUUGGUGCACCCUGGGCAGAGGGCACUACUCUUGCCUGGUGGGCGAGGCGGGAGAGGGAAUGCCUCCUUCAAGUCAGGGACUAACAGGAUUCCAAAGAUUGCGGAGAAUGGAGAAGAGGGUGCUGAAAUGUGGUUGGAUUUGGAGCUAAAGCUGGUUGCUGAUGUUGGAAUUGUGGGCGCUCCAAAUGCUGGAAAAAGCACUCUUUUGAGUGCUAUAAGCGCUGCUCAGCCAACAAUAGCAAAUUACCCUUUUACAACUUUACUUCCAAAUCUGGGAGUAGUUUCAUUGGAUUAUGAUGCCACCAUGAUUGUUGCAGAUCUGCCUGGUUUGCUUGAAGGUGCACAUCGGGGCUUUGGUUUAGGUCACGAGUUUUUAAGACAUACCGAAAGAUGUUCUGUCUUGGUGCACGUCGUUGAUGGUUCUGGGCAGCAGCCAGAGUAUGAAUUUGAUGCAGUUCGGUUGGAACUGGAAUUAUUUAGCCCGGAGCUGGCAGAAAAGCCUUACAUUGUUGUGUACAAUAAAAUGGAUCUUCCAGAAGCAUAUGAGAGAUGGAAUUUGUUCAAGGAACAUCUACAAGCUCGUGGCAUUCAUCCUCUUUGCAUCAGUGCUAUGAACAGAGAGGGGACACAUGAUGUUGUUCACGCUGCCUAUGAACUUUUACAGAAAGAAAGGGAGGAAAGGAAGAAACUUGAAGAGUGGACAAAUCCUGUAAGUCUGAAUCAUGUUGCGGACACGAUACAAAAGCAACGAAGCUCUUCAAUGAAUGAUUUUGAAAUCUUUCAUGAUAGCAGCUCCAAUACAUGGCAUGUAGUUGGAGUUGGAAUACAACGUUUUGUUCAAAUGACCAAUUGGCAAUAUGCAGAAUCUUUGAGAAGGUUCCAACAUGCUUUGGAGGCAUGUGGUGUGAACAAAUCUCUAAUUAAGCGUGGAGUUAAAGAGGGUGACACCGUGAUUGUGGGUGAGAUGGAGAUGGUAUGGCAUGAUGAAAAUGAAAAUAUUGGCUCAUCAAGUACAAGAAAACAGAGAAGUGGGUCUAUCAAAUGGCCGGACCUAGGUUAGAAGAAAGGUGUUCAAGAAAAUUCAAACCGCUGCAGAUGGCCGCAUUUCAUAUUGGGAGGAAACCUGCAAUACCGAAUGUCAUCAAUGAAACUGCACUCAAAAUCCAGGUAAAUCAGGGGCUUUCUCUUAGUCUUAAUCCGCAGAACCCAAAGAUGUUUAAACUGCUGAAUGGCUCGCUAAUUUUGUAUUUAAAGUUAUAUUUGAGGCAGGCUCAAUGGUGUGACAUUUGCUUGCUAAAAUGUGAUGGCUUCAAGAAUGACUAUCUAGUUUGCGGGGUUGAAUUACCAGUGGACAGCAACAGAUAAAUGUGUCUUGAUGCAUCUUAAAUUGCCUAUUUGAUCACCGUGCCGAGCUUUACCCUUCAUCGCAUGUUUGCUGGCUCUAUAUUUUUUUUUAGGAUUCAUCUUGUACCUUAUCUCAGUCUUAAUUCUUAUGUUGCCUUAUUUUUCUAUUACUAGGUUCUUUUGCUGUGGAUCUUUUGGAGGUGAUAUAAUUAUCCUCAACUUUAUAUGUGUGAUUGUAUAAAUAGAUUUCGCUCUCAUGUUUAGCUUUUAGUAGCGAUCUCUUGUAUUUUUUGUACUUCUUAAUUAAUUGGGUGGAUUUUGCCCUCACUUCUCAUCAAAGAAGAACGUUAUAUUUGUAAUCCUAGUUCCGUUAUAUUA